AUAAAGACUGGCCGCCAGAGCAGCUGCAGUUCACAUCUCCUUCAGUAUCUAGCAGAGCUGCGGGUGCCUUCACAGAACAUCUCCCGAGCGCUGCCUGUGGCUGACUGAGGCGAGACACCAAGACAGGGACUCCCCAGCCACAGGCCCUGAAUCAGGCACAAGGUUGAGUGCUGCCUCCUGAACCUGAGCCUCCCAGAGAAGGGACCCCUGAGACAAGUCACUGAGCACCGGGGCAGCCUCCUUCUAUGACUCCGUCUGGCUUUGGCUGGCUGUGGGGACAAGCUCUGCGGGACUGCCUGGGUCUCCGUGCGGUGACAGCAGCCAGCCCAUCGGCCACCAUGGCGAAUGCCGGAAACUGAGGAGACGGGCUCUUCUGUGGCCUCACUGCGGGCACUCAGGUCAGGAUGGAGAACAAAGCCAUGUACCUGCACACUGUGAGCGACCGUGACACCGGCUCCAUCUUUGAGGAACCCUUUGACGGCAGGAGCCUGUCCAAGUUGAACCUGUGUGAGGACGGUCCAUGCCACAAGCGACGGGCAGGUGGCUGCUGCACUCAGCUGGGCUCCCUGUCAGCCCUGAAGCAUGCUGUCCUUGGGCUGUACCUGCUGGUCUUCCUGAUUCUCGUGGGCAUCUUCAUCUUAGCAGUGUCCAGGCCGCGGAGCUCCCCCGACGACCUGAAGGUGCUGACCCGGAACGUGAACCGGCUGAACGAGAGCUUCCGGGACUUGCAGCUGCGGCUGCUGCACGCUCCGCUGCAGGCGGACCUGACCGAGCAGGUGUGGAAGGUGCAGGACGCGCUGCAGAACCAGUCGGACUCGCUGCUGGCGCUGGCCGGCGCGGUGCAGCGGCUGGAGGGCGCGCUGUGGGGGCUGCAGGCGCAGGCGGCGCAGACCGAGCAGGCGGUGGCCCUGCUGCGGGACCGCACCGGGCAGCAGAGCGACGCGGCGCAGCUGGAGCUCUACCAGCUGCAGGUGGAGAGCAACCGCAGCCAGCUGCUGCUGCGGCGCCACGCGGGCCUGCUGGACGGGCUGGCGCACAGGGUGGGCGUCCUGGGCGAGGAGCUGGCCGACGUGGGUGGCGCGCUGCGCGGCCUCAACCGCAGUCUGUCCUACGACGUGGCCCUGCACAGCACGCGGCUGCAGGACCUGCAGGUGCUCGUCAGCAACGCCAGCGAGGACACGCGCCGCAUGCGGCUGGUGCACAUGGGCAUGGCGCUGCAGCUCAAGCAGGAGCUGGCCGUGCUCAACACCGUCACCGAGGACCUGCGUCUCAAAGACUGGGAGCAUUCCAUCGCGCUCAGGAACAUCUCCCUCGCCAAAGGACCUCCCGGCCCCAAAGGCGAUCAGGGGGAUGAAGGGAAAGAAGGCGAGCCUGGGAUCCCUGGAUUACCUGGACUUCGAGGUCUGCCAGGAGAGAGAGGAACCCCAGGGCUGCCAGGCCCCAAGGGCGAUGAUGGGAAGAUGGGAGCCACAGGACCAAUGGGCAUGCGCGGGUUCAAAGGUGACCGAGGUCCAAAAGGAGAGAAGGGAGACAAAGGAGACAGAGCAGGGGAUGCCGCAGGUAGCGUGGAGGCCGUGAUGAUCCGGCUGGUGAACGGCUCCGGCCCGCACGAGGGCCGGGUGGAGGUGUACCACGAGCGGCGCUGGGGCACCGUGUGUGACGACGGCUGGGACAAGAAAGACGGGGACGUGGUAUGCCGCAUGCUGGGCUUCCGCGGUGUGGAGGAGGUGUACCGGACGGCUCGAUUUGGGCAAGGCACAGGGAGGAUUUGGAUGGACGAUGUGGCCUGCAAGGGCACAGAAGAUACCAUCUUCCGCUGCAGCUUCUCCAAAUGGGGGGUGACAAACUGCGGACACGCUGAAGAUGCUGGGGUGACGUGCAACAGACACUGAAACUGGGCGCAGUCCACAGUCUGGGCCCCGCUGCCGAGCCUCCUUCCUGCAUUCCUGGGGCGGGGGCAUCGCUUGGGACCAUGCCUCUGCCCUGCCCAGCCCAGCAUCCCCCUCCCCCAUAUCCCUGUGCCAGGACCACAGUGGCCUGUCAUCAUGUUCCUCUUGGACAUCAGCUCCAAAGUGCAACUCUGGGAUCCACUGCCUGUCUCUCCCUUCUACCAGGGUUCCUGCAUGUGAAGCCCUGGGCAACUGGAUUGUCAUUUGCCCGCCCUUCUAAGCACCAUGCAUCAGGACUCAACAUCCAUGCUCCCUUUGGUCUGUCAGUUAAAUGCUGAGAGUAUGUUGGCAAGAAACGCAGCAGUGGACACGGGAGGGAAGCAUGACAGGUCAUUUACUCUUCAGAUAAUUCCCUUAGUUAGGCCAAGAGUUUUGACAUCUUCCUUCCCAGCAAGAGACCAUACCAAAUGAUUCAUUCUUCCCUCUCUUUACUCUGCCUCUGCACACCAUUUGCUAGUCUGGGGAAGUGAUAUAGAGGAAGGGCCAGCUGUAGGAGUGAGAGGGAAACGCACGUCACAUGCAGGAGGCAAGCUGGCUUUGGAGAAGAGGAGUGAAACUAACAUCCAAUGAGUGACUCCCAUGUGUACUACACAUCUUCGAUGCUAGAUUCAUUUAUCCACUUUGUAGCGUUUCUACAAGGCUUGUUAGCUUGGGUAAGACCUUACCUCUAGGUAGUACCCAACUGACCCAUUCACGUGGCCAGUAAGAUUGAAGAUUGAGAAUGAUUAAACCAUUGUUUCUACCUGCAUCCUACUGUGUCUUUCCUAGGCUUGGGCAGGACGCUCAGGUGCAAGACAUGUGGGAUUACAAGGUUACAUACUCCAUACUACAGAGUAUAAGAUUGGACGUGACUGGCUUCCAGGCCAACCAGGAGGAAGGCAAUUUGGAGGGUGACAUGGGGACUUAUCUGGGUUCAACUGAGACCAGUGUUCAUCAUCUGACAGUCAGCCGUAAGGCCAACUUACCUGUGUCUCAGAGCUGUUUGGAGGUGAAGCUAUCCAGGCUUCUUUGGGUAUGCUCCUAUGAUCAGAACGCAUGUCCUUACGGAUCCUGUAAGCGUGGAAGGAAAUGACGAUUUCCUAUAACCUCUAGCAGAAGAAGGAGCCAUGGACCUCUGCCAGUCCUCAAUCUGCACCCCUCUCCUAGCGACAGGAAGAUCAUAUUCUUCCUCUCACAUGAGGAGGAGGUCAAACCAGGCCAUAUACAUAUUCUAGGACUAGGGAAGCUACAUGGUAGUAAGUGAGCACAGACUCACCUCCCUUGGGGGAGUCACAAACUGAGUCAGGCCUCGGACACACAAAUCCCUGUCACAUGGGGUGAGUAUCAGCUUAGCUGGGGAAAGUGACACCUGGGACCUCCCGCUGCCCCCCAGGUAUAGGACCAGCAAAAUUCCUGGCUGACAACAAAACCAAUAUGUGCUAUUGGUUGUUCUUUGCUUACAGUAUGCUUGUUAUCCAUUAAUGUCCUAAUGAUCAGAGACUCCCCUGAUCAAUUGCUAUGUUUACAUAACACGCAUGUACUCAAGCAUCUUUCUCCAGGGCCAAUAUAUGCAUGCAUAUAUGAACAUAGCACUCUUUACUACAUAGCUCAGCACAUUGCAAAGUUUGCAUUAAAAAGAGAAAAUACUAAAGGUGGAAAGAUGUCACACUGAAUGAAAUAAACCCCAGGUCAUUUCUGGCAAAAAAUCCAGCUAUCCCAUCGAUGAAGACCCACAUAACUUUCUUACGUGGUCUUUUCAUUUAGGAAAACACAAGUCUUGUUUUACAUCAAAUAAAAAUCACAAUGAUAAGUGUUUGAACCUUAACUGAAAAGUCUACUAGUUUACAUAUUUACAUACGAGGACAUGGAAAUAACCAUGGAUCUGUAUUUCAGGGACUAAAGGAAGUUAGGCCUGGCCUAAAAUACAUCAGACCUUUUGUAAGAAAGAAUUUCAAUAAAGCUAAGAACAUGUCACUAACAAA